UCAUUGAGUACAUGAGCUUUGAGGUUGAGUCUGCACAAUGGUGAAUAAAACCUGCAAUCUCACGACAGAAAUGUGGAUAGUCCGGAGUGUAAUGUAUAUACCAGUGUUUGUCAUAGGACUCAUAUUAAACACCAUAGCCUUGGGGGUGUUCUGCCGCAAAGGAAGACGGACGGAGACUAAAAUAUACAUGACCAGCUUGGUGAUUUCAGACAUCCUCCUGUUAUUCUUUCUCCCAUUCAAGAUAUACUCCUACAACCACGAGUGGACGUUAGGACCAGACAUGUGCAGACUCCUGGUCUCGGUGUACUAUGUGAACAUGUAUGUGAGCAUCCUAACAAUCACCGCUAUAAGCAUUGACCGAUACAUCGCAAUUAAACACCCCUUUCGAGCCAAAAGCAUCAGAUCACCCUUGGAAGCCGGAGUCCUGUGCAUUUUAAUAUGGAUAACUGUAUGUACACUGAGUGCAGUUUUUUACAAACACAGUUUCCGCUAUCAUGCAAAUAGCGCAGGAUUUAAAUGUUUCCAAAAGGACGAGGUUUUCUAUACGCCUUUUGUUUUCGUUACAGAGAUCGUUGGGUUUGUCCUGCCUCUCAUCGCAGUGAUUUACUGUUCGGCUCAGUCCGUUUAUACGUUGCUGAAAAAUCAGCACAUCAGCCCACAAGGGGAGAACAGCAGAAGCAUUCGCAUGCUUGUCACCAAUGCAGUUGUCUUUGUGGUUUGCUUUACACCUUUCCACAUUGGAUUUUUACUCAAGUUCUUAGUUCAGAUAUAUUCUAAUGAUAACUGCAGUCUUGAUCAGAAAGUGAUUACCUUCUUUCACGCUGCAGACUGGAUUGCCAGCACCAACUGCUGCCUGGAUGCUGUGUUCUAUUACUUUGCAGCAAAGGAGUUCCGUGACAGUGUGCUCUCUCCUGUGCAGAAUAAUGCACAAGGGAAUACCCAACGAGACACUCAGACAUUCCAGAUGUCUUCAAUGUCAGUUCUUGAAACUUAACACAAGAACAUAAGAACAAAAGAAAUGUUACAAACGAGAGGACGACAUUCGGCCCGUCUUGUUCGUUUG